AUGGAUAUUAGCAGAACUGCAGAAGCUCUGAAUCCCGAAGGGUAUCUGAAAAAAUUUACUGAAUUAAAUGGCGAACGAGACCAUCUAGCUGAGAAAUAUGAGAAUGCCCGUAUAGAGCUUCUUCAUUUGCAAGGUCGUGUGUCCUCAUUAGCUGGAGACUUGAAUCGCAUGAAAACUGAAGAUGAUAAUAAAAUUCCAAUUGCUGUGCACACUUCUGCCGUGAACGAGUGUCGGAGACUUUUCGAAGAACUCAAAUGCCGUUACGAUGACGAACGUGAUACGUUGAUGCGAAGAUUGAUAACUUUUGAAGAGGAGAGGCCUACACUCGACAUCAGGAUCGUUACUCUGACCACCGAAUUAAAUCAACAGCGGUCCAUCAACAAAGCUUUGGAUUUACAGUGCUCGCAGUUAAAAGCGAAAUGUGACGCGUUGGAGAAACACCUGUUCGAUUGUGAGUCGGAGAAGAACACCAACAAGAAACAGUUGGCGGAUGCCAUGGUGUUCCUGCGAGAAACCAUCAACGAACAGGAGGCGCUGUUGCGUCACGCGGCCGGCGAAGGACGGAAUGACGCAUCAGCCGCUGUGUUGAGCGCCUCCAUAAGCGCCCGGGUGAAGGCCCUCACCGAACACCUAAAGUGCGUCGAACAAGGUGCGCAUCAGGAAGUGAACCGUUUGAGCGGCCGCCUGUACGAACAGUCUGCUGAGCUGGAACGAAUGAAGAAGACGUACGAGAAUGAGAUCAACGCACUGAACAACGCCCUUCUCCAGAAGCAGAGCGUUAUAGACUCGAUGGACGCAAACCUGGAGAGAUAG